AUACAAAAAUCCUUUACGCAUUACUUUCUAUAUGGUAUCACAGCCUUGAUCCAACUCCACUCAUUUUUUUUUUCGAGCCUUCUUCUUCUUCAUGGCUUCACCGCCACCUUCUCCCCAUACCGAGACCACCUCCGGCAACAUAUCCACUGAUGUUCAUGUUCCAAACACCUCGGAGCCCAACAAACCCCUUCUAUCUAUCAAUCUUGGGAAUGUUAUCAAACUUUCUCCCACAAAUUAUAUCUCUUGGAAACUACAAAUUCAAUCCAUUCUCACCGGCUAUGGCCUUGAAGGAUUCCUAGACGGAUCACAUCCGUGUCCUCCUGCCACUAUCACUUCCAAUGGUGUCAUCAAUCCCAACCCGGCUCAUGUCUCCUGGAUCCGCCAGGAUAAACUUCUUUUUGGUGCUCUCAUCGGUACUCUCACACCUUCUGUUGUUUCCCUUAUCACACGUGCCAACACCACUAAGGAUGCAUGGGAUACUCUUUCUUCCGUGUAUGCGCAACCCUCUCGUGGUCAUAUCAAACAACUCCGGUCUCAACUAAAAAAAUACACCAAAGGCUCCAAGACCAUUACCGAAUAUAUGCAUUUUAUUAAAACCGCUGCCGAUGAAUUAGCUCUUCUUGGGAAACCCUUGGAUCAUGAGGAUUUCAUUGAAACCAUUCUUGAUGGUCUUGAUGAAAGUUACAAAUCGGUUAUUGAUGCUGUUGAUG